AAUAAGACUUCUAUAGCUACUAUAUUGGGUUCGGAAGAUGGCGGUAAAAAGCUGAUUGGUCAAUCUCUACGCGUUGGUGGCUGGGUGAAGACCGGCCGCGAGGCCGGCGCCGGUGCCUUCUGCUUCCUUGAACUCAACGACGGCUCCUUGUUUGAGAGCCUGCAGGUGAUGGUGCCCAAGGACGUCGGCGAGGAGGUGGGAGGCCUAAAGACGCUGACCGCCACGGGCACCAGCGUGCUGGUGGAGGGCCGCCUAGAGGCCACUCCAGAGGGGACCAAGCAGGCGGUUGAACUCAAGGCAACCAAGAUUCUGCACGUUGGUCCCUGCGACGCCGCAACGUACCCCAUCGCCAAGAAGAAGACCUCGUACGAGUUCUUGCGCGAGAAGAUGCACCUGCGGCCGCGUGCGAACACCAUUGGGGCCGUGGCGCGCAUCCGCAAUGCGCUGGCCUUUGCCACGCACAGAUUCUUCCAGGAGAAUGGCUUCUUGUACGUGCAUACUCCCAUCAUCACCGCAAGCGACUGCGAGGGUGCAGGCGAGAUGUUCCAGGUUACGACGUUGCUUGGCAAGAUGAAGGAAUAUGCGGACGUUCCCACCGUGAGCCUCGAGCAGCUGGAGGCGCUGAAGGCGGAGCUGGCAGCGCAGGGCGAGGCUGUCAAGGCGGCGAAAGCGGUGAGGCCUGCCUCCAAGGCGGAAGUGGACAAGCUGCUCAAGUUGAAGGAGGAGUUCGCAAAGGCCGAGGAGAGCUCCCGCAUUGUGGGGGGCAUCAAACGUCUACCUGACGGCACCCCUGACUACAAGGACGACUUCUUCUCCAAGCCAGCGUACCUGACCGUCUCAGGGCAGCUGCAGGGUGAGUUUUACGCGUGCGCGCUGUCCAACAUCUACACCUUCGGGCCCACUUUCCGCGCCGAGUAUUCGUUCACCGCCCGCCAUCUUGCGGAGUUCUGGAUGAUUGAGCCUGAGAUGGCGUUUUGCGACCUCAAGGAUGACAUGCAGUGUGCCGAGGACUACGUGCGCUACUGCUGCAAGUACUUGCUUGACAACUGUCAGACGGAUCUGGAGUUCAUCAACAAGAUGGUGGAUAACACCGCCAUCGCCCGCCUGCAGCAGGUGGCCCACACGCCCUUCAAGCGUGUGUCGUACACGGAAGCUAUUGACCUGCUGAAGGACGUGGUGGCGCGGGGCGUCAAGAAGUUCGAGUACAACGUGGAGUGGGGCAUCGACCUGCAGACGGAGCACGAGCGCUACCUGACGGAGGAGAUCUUUAAGCAACCAGUCAUCGUGUAUAACUACCCCAAGGAAAUCAAAGCCUUCUACAUGCGCCUGAACGAGGACGGAAAGACUGUGGCAGCCAUGGACGUGCUGGUGCCCAAGGUGGGUGAGCUGAUUGGCGGCUCCCAGCGCGAGGACCGAUUGGACGUGUUGGAGAAGCGUAUCGAAGAGGGCGGCAUGGACAUCGCUGCGUACGAGGGUUACCUCGACCUGCGCCGCUACGGCACCGUGCCCCAUUCGGGUUUCGGGCUAGGCUUCGAGCGCCUUAUCCUGUUUGCCACCGGGCUGGACAACAUCCGCGAGGUCAUCCCGUUCCCGCGCUGGCCAGGAAAUGCCGCCUACUAAGCGGUCUUUGAAUGCAAUGCGAUGCGGGUUUGUCAGAGUAACUUGCGUGGACUUGGUGCCUGGUGCGAUGUAGUCGUGUGAUGUAGCCUCGCUGCUGGAAGUGACGCAGGUUUGUGUUCUGCAGUGGCUGCAGCUGCGGCGUGAUGUGGCGCUCUAAUAUUGAGAGGUAUGACCACGGCCAUGACCGUUAGCUUGGACUAAGUGCCAGGCACCAAUGGACACCGGUUCAGCUAUGCUUUCGGUGCUUGACGGCUUGUGUGGGGUUGGUCGGGCUUUAAUGCGUGUGAUGGGUUCAACACAGAAGCAGGGAAACCAGUGCGGCAAUGGUAAUGCGGCAGGUCCUGUGCCGACUCUUGGCGAGGAGUCGAGACAUGAAGUCCUCCGGGUCAGUUCUUCGGGUUAUACAAAAGCCCCCGCGUUAGCAGGUCCCGAAUUGGCUCUUGUGGAGGUAGUAUUGCUUGUGCUUCUGAUCGCGUGUCGAGGGAAAAUAGUACGGAGAGGGCGUAAGUUGUGAAGGGUCCGGGCGCUAUGCAUAAGGUCGAGGACUGGGACUGCAGGGAAUGCGGGCAUCUGCUAAGGUUUGUCUGGAUGGCGGGAUUCUGUGCGAUUGUUGCUGGUGGCACUUUCACAGAAAGUCAGAUAACCGUGCGCACAGACAUUCUGUUAUGCUGGGGGUGGGUGUUUUUGCAUAAGAUAUCGUGGCUAAACUGGUGUGCGCGCAGCGGCAUGGGCAUGGAGGUCAGGGGCUUGAGGUACCUUAGCAGCGCCGACGUGGAAUGCGUACGGACUUUUCGGGAGGAAGCGCACCACGUUUUGUGCGCUGUACCUAUUAAGGUAAUAGGGUACGUGUGCAAGGUUGGAGGGUCUAGGUCUUUGGUCACAAGGUGUACUCUACACGGCAUGUUGCCGUUAGCUUAUUAAUCCUGUAUCACCACGUCACAAUCGUGAUGCUAAUUUUUUGGUUCAACACACGGCAUAUACAUGUAACGCGUACAUAUG